UUUUACCUCCCAUCAAACACGAGUUUGUGGGUUCACUUUCUUUUUUUCCCUUCCUUCCUCAAGACUCAAGAGUCAACACAGAACACUUCCUCAUUCCCCCAAAUUGUAAAACCCUAUCCCUAUCCCUCUGUCCGCCGCUCUGCUCCGCAGCCGACGCGUCAUCAGCCAGGCAUCAGGUGCUCCGACACCGACGGUCCGACGUGGGGCGACGUCGUUGAAUUUCAUUGAGGUAGUGUCGUAGUGAGUUUCGAACACACACUUCGGAAAUCCUGGAGACGCCACUGAAUCGAGAGCUAACCAAAUUGAAAAUGGCGGAGAUAAAAACGUUAUCAGCGGAUUCAAUUCCACACUUUCAAGAAGGAAUAUCACUGGUUCUCUCAAAAUGGUGGACUCUUCAAAUGGCUGUACAAAAUGAGUGGGGAGGCCCUCAUUCUCAGCAAAAAGCUCUUGAUUUCUCCUCUCGAAUCUUCAAUUUCUUCCAUAAACCUAAUCGCAAAGAACCCGUUUACAUAGACGAAUUAGAAGAUUUGCUAGAGGAUGGUUUGGAUUCUUUGAAUACAGAUGCAGAAGACGAUGUGCUAGAGGUAGCGGAUCAGUUGAUGGCUAUGUAUGAAGAAUGUUUGGUAGGCAACUAUCAAUCAAUUCAGAAGUUAAAGCAAACAAAACCACUUACUGUUCCUCGUGUAGAACAGGAUGCAAGUGACAGCGAUGAAGGAGGUGAUGAGAGCAUGGGGAAUGAAGAGGAAUCAAAUAUGAUGGUAGAUACACCGGAGUCCUUGCCAAGUACUAAUCCCACAGAAAUACAGAAAAACAAUGGCAGACACCAGCAGAUGGAAGAAGCUGAAGAUGGAUGGGUUAAAGUUUCAAGGAAGAGUAAAGGUCGAAACAAGUAGCUUGGGACCUAAUGAUCUCAUCCUAAGCCCCAAGCAUUGGUUUUUUCUUUUUCUUGUAUCCAAUUAUAUCCACUAGUUUUUCACAACUGUGUAUUUUGCAUGACAAACGCAUGUUGAGGAAUAUAGUUUAUUGGAGAAGUGAUAUAUAUGAAUAUGAUAUUGAAACAUAAUUGAGUUUAAAUGGAA